GGGACCAUCCCAACAUCAUCAGCCUCCUUGACGUGGUCCGGGCAGAGAACGACAGGGACAUUUACCUGGUGUUUGAGUUUAUGGACACUGACCUGAACGCAGUCAUCCGGAAGGGCGGCCUGCUGCAGGACGUCCACGUGCGCUCCAUCUUCUACCAGCUCCUGCGGGCCACCCGGUUCCUCCACUCGGGGCAGGUUGUGCACCGGGACCAGAAGCCGUCCAAUGUGCUCCUGGAUGCCAACUGCACAGUGAAGCUGUGUGACUUUGGCCUGGCCCGCUCCCUGGGCGACCUCCCUGAGGGGCCUGAGGACCAGGCCGUGACAGAGUACGUGGCCACACGCUGGUACCGAGCACCGGAGGUGCUGCUCUCUUCGCACCGAUACACCCUUGGGGUGGACAUGUGGAGUCUGGGCUGUAUCCUUGGGGAGAUGCUGCGGGGGAGACCCCUGUUCCCGGGCACGUCCACCCUCCACCAGCUGGAGCUGAUCCUGGAGACCAUCCCACCGCCAUCUGAGGAGGACCUCCUGGCUCUCGGCUCAGGCUGCCGUGCCUCUGUGCUGCACCACCUGGGGUCCCGGCCACGACAGACGCUGGAUGCCCUCCUACCGCCAGACACCUCCCCAGAGGCCUUGGACCUCCUUAGGCGACUCCUGGUGUUCACCCCGGACAAGCGGUUAAGUGCGACCCAGGCACUGCAGCACCCCUACGUGCAGAGGUUCCACUGCCCCAGCGACGAGUGGGCACGAGAGGCAGAUGUGCGGCCCCGGGCACACGAAGGGGUCCAGCUCUCUGUGCCUGAGUACCGCAGCCGCGUCUAUCAGAUGAUCCUGGAGUGUGGAGGCAGCAGCGGCACCUCGAGAGAGAAGGGCCCGGAGGGUGUCUCCCCAAGCCAGGCACACCUGCACAAACCCAGAGCCGACCCUCAGCUGCCUUCUAGGACACCUGUGCAGGGUCCCAGACCCAGGCCCCAGAGCAGCCCAGGCCAUGACCCCGCCGAGCACGAGUCCCCCCGUGCAGCCAAGAACGUUCCCAGGCAGAACUCCGCUCCCCUGCUCCAAACUGCACUCCUAGGGAAUGGGGAAAGGCCCCUUGGGGCGAAGGAAGCGCCCCCCUUGACACUCUCGCUGGUGAAGCCAAGCGGGAGGGGAGCUGCGCCCUCCCUGACCUCCCAGGCUGCGGCUCAGGUGGCCAACCAGGCCCUGAUCCGGGGUGACUGGAACCGGGGCGGUGGGGUGCGGGUGGCCAGCGCACAACAGGUAAGCCCGGCCCAGUCUGCCCCCAUCCCCUCAUCCUCCUUUCCCCUUUCCCCCUGCUUUUCCCUCCCUUCCCCAUGCUUCCCAUUGCCCCUCCAAUGUCCAGUUCAAAUCUCUCGAGGACCUCAAGGCCUCCCCUCCACUGCACCCCCUCUGAUGGCCCCUUUAUGUGACCCUCAACUGUACACAGGUCCCUCCCCGGCUUCCUCCGGGGGCCCGGCCCGGCCGGAGGAUGUUCAGCACCUCUGCCUUGCAGGGUGCCCAGGGGGGUGCCAGGGCUUUGCUUGGAGGCUACUCCCAAGCCUACGGGACUGUCUGCCACUCUGCACUGGGCCACCUGCCCCUGCUGGAGGGGCACCAUGUGUGAGCCGCCCUACUCCCUUCACCUGGCCCUCUGUUCCUGCCCCAGCCCCUUCCCCAGAUCCCUCUCCAGUCUCCUGCACCCCUUAGCCCUCCCUGCUUUGCCUGGCCACGAUGAAGUUCCAGGGAGCUUGCCUGGGUCUCCUCGGGGGAGCAGAUGAGGGCCCUGCCCCCGCCCCACUGACUUCCUCCAAUAAAGUCAUGUCUGCCCCCAA